AUGCCUCGUUCAAAGCGCGAAAAAGAGGUCUCCUUCACCAAGGUCAAGAAGAAGACGCGCGUCACCAAAACCGGACUUGUCGACGAGUUGCGAAAAUGCGUUGAGAGCUACGCCACGCUGUACCUAUUUUCCGUCGAAAACAUGCGCUCGGAUCUAUUCAUCGAGGCACGGCAACAUUUUAAGGCAAACUCACGCUUCUUCUUUGGCAAAAACAAUGUUAUGGCUGUCGCAUUGGGCAAGACAAGAGAAAAUGAAUGCCAGAAAAACUUGCACAAGAUCGCGAACGCGCUGAAGGGACAGUGCGGGCUGAUGUUUACGAACGUUCCCCACGAAGAAGUUGUCAAGUAUUUUGAAGAAUUCCGACACACCGAUUAUGCUCGUGGAGGGCUCAUGGCAACAGAGACCGUAGAGCUUGAGGAGGGUUUGCUGCCGCAGUUUGCCUUCUCUAUGGAACCGCAAUUGAGAAAGCUCGGCUUGCCGACAAAGUUGGACAAGGGACAGGUCGCACUUUACAAGAAUUUCCUCGUCUGCACCGAGGGAGAGCAGCUCAACAACGAACAGGCAAAGAUCCUCAAGGUGCUGGGUUACAAGAUGAGCGAGUUUCACAUCGUUCUCCACAAGAAAUGGCAACGGUCGACCGGAAAAAUUGAGGAGCUUGAUCAU